CAAAUAACACGAAUUGAAUUUUUCUGCAAAUCGCUGAACCGGGUAUUUAGCUGCGCAUGAAAAACUUUGUUCGGCACUUCUCAGGAUUGUCGAAACAGCUAUUCUACGUGUCUUGACGUCUGCGCAUUCGAUGUAAGCGCUAGAAAAGUGAUCGAUGGUUAACAGUGCAAUAAUAGUAGCGGUUGAUCUAGCAGACUCGCUAGUCUGACGGGUUGCAGACGGCAAGUGAACAGACGUUGUCCUUGCGUAAAGUAAUUAUGAAGCCAAGUUUCGAACUUGAUGACAAUUCUAUUUAUGUUCGUAAAGAAUCGCGUCUAUACUUAGAAACGUAGCUUUAAUAAAUUUAUUUCAAAUUAGUUUUUAUUUUUUACGUGUGGGGGAAAAUAUUUAAUAAUUAUCAAUUUAGAUCGACAGAAUGAUAUCGAAGGCCUGUGUUGAAUAACCUAAUAUUAGGACUUUCUGUGCAAGAACGUUUAAAUAACGAAGUGAAAUGUUAAUGGAAGUUCCAAUUAGAUUAGGCUUAGCGUUCAGGAAUUCUUCACUAGCUCGUGGCACUACUUUUGAAUAAGCUGUUUUUGACAGGCAAGGAACACAGAUAGACAAAUUUAUUUCAAAGGAACGUCUCGCUUGGCUGGAAUCCAUAGCACACUAGUUGGAAGGAGGAUGUAACCAACUACAAUGUGGCUAGUGGGUGGAAUUGUUACUGUAUUUGCCCUUCUUUUAGAGACAGAAUCUAAGCAACAGUACUUUCAAGUGAAGCCGUCUGACACAGAGGUUAUCGAAGGUCUUACUGCCAUGCUCCAGUGCCAAAUAAGAAACUUAGCAGGAGCUGUACAAUGGAGUAAGGAUGGUUUCUUGCUGGGUUUUGAUCCAGCAAUUCCUGGUUUUAAACGAUAUUCAAUGAUGGUAGACAAGGGGGAAGGAAUAUACAACUUGCGUAUAUCAAAUACAACGCUAGAAGAUGAAGGAAAAUAUCAGUGCCAGGUUGGACCAGCUCCUAAUGAAGGACCUAUCAGGGCCAGAGCAGAACUCACUGUCCUAGUUCCUCCGAAUCAGCUUACAAUUAAUGGUAGAUCAGGGCACGCAAUACUUCGAAUAAAAGAAGGGGAACGUGUUAAUUUAACGUGCAGUGUUCACCGCAGUAAACCGCCGUCUCGCUUAAAGUGGUAUCGAAACGGAGUGGAAGUAAUUCCUGAUGCUGCUAAAACAUUCGUUCAGAAGGGAAACGAGAAACUUAAAACAGUGCUAAGUACCUUGACACUGUAUCCGAAAAUGGAUGACGAUGAAGCAACGUACAUGUGUGAAGCUGACCAUUCAGCUCUAGCUAAGCCUUGGACAUCAUCCAUUACCAUAAGUGUCCUUUAUCCUCCCGAGAAAGUAUAUCUAAAAGGACCUGUCUACGCAAGAAGCGGAGAUGUGGUAACAGUUGUGUGCACAACAUCGCCUAGCAACCCGGCUGUUCCAAUAACUUGGUUGGUGGAUGAAAAUCCUGUCAGUGGUGGAGAGCAGUUUAACAGAAACGACAGUGAUGGAUGGAUAACUACGUCAAAUCUCACCGUCACACUCACCAGGCAGGAUCCUGACACCAAGAGCUUUAUCUGUAGGGCUGGGAAUCCUCAAAUUGGAAUUACCGAAGGCCGAAAAGAAAUCAAAGUAACGUACCCACCAGGUCAACCUACAAUAGUAGGUAACACUGAAGGAGUGGUCAUGCAAACAGAUUACAUUCAGAGUUUUGAUUGUGUUUCGCUUGGAGGAAAUCCCCACGCCACCCUUCAGUGGUAUAGAGGAAAUAAACAGAUAAGUACAGUUUCUCGUGUUACUGGGAGUGGGGUAUCGAGUACUUUGGUGAUAAAGGCACGACGGGAGGACAAUGGCGCCAUCUACCGGUGUGAAGCUACUAAUCUCGCAACCCUUGAACCUCUCGUGGCCUUCAUGAAGCUUUCUGUGAGAUUCCCUCCUAGAAAUGCGUCCAUUGUUGUCCAACCAGCAGAACCUCGAGCAGGAGAAGAGAUUCUGGUACGAUGUUCAACCGACAGCAGUAAUCCUGCAGCGCGGAUAACGUGGAGAAAGAACAAACAAGAGAUUACUGGUGAUCAAGUGGAGGUAGAAAAAGCUAAUUUUGGAGGGUACGUAACCACCAGCUCACUCAAACAGAAGGUUACAUCAGAAGAUGAUGGAGCGACCUUCAUCUGCUUAGCCUCCAAUGGAGUAACUGAGAGAGUAGCUCGAGACGAAUGCGUCAUUUCUGUUCGAUACAAACCGGAGUUUUUGGAGCCACUAAAGCACGUUUCUGUCUUAGAAGGCGAGUCAUUUGCUGUCAAUGUGUCAGCUAUAGGUAAUCCCAAUGUAAUCACGUACUACUGGUUUCGAGGCGGUGUUCGUGUUCCUGCUCAGGAAAUGACUUUAACAAGAAAAAACGGUUACAUUGUAAUUCCGCGAAUGAGAGCAGAAGGGCCUGUGCUUCACGUCCGAGAAACGACUCGGAAAGAUUCAGGGAACUAUUUCUGCGUCGCUCAGAAUACUGAAGGAUCAUCGAAUGCCACAGUAGAGUUCAAUGUUUUGUAUCCGGCUAUAAUUCUUAACUUAACCGAGAACCAGAGGGUUACUGAAGGAGGGAACGUUAUCUUGGAAUGCUGGAUAGAAGCUAAUCCUAUAACACACAAAACUGUAAUCUGGAAUAAACAUGGAUCGUCAAAGAAACUACCAAGCAAGUCUUUCCUUUUAGGCAGAUCACUCCUGGAACUGUUAAACGUGACCAGAGAAGCAGCUGGAAAAUACGAAUGUAAAGCCUUUAAUGGAAUAGGCCAAACAGAUGUGAUGGACGUCGAAGUUAUUGUGAUGUACAGGCCAGUAAUUCUUCAACCUGUAAUAGGGAAGAAAGUUGCCUCGCGAAUAGGUGGCGGUGCUACAAUAAACUGUACCGUUGAUGCUAGACCUAACGUUACAUUUACGUGGUAUCUUGGUAAUCAGCUAAUAAGCUGGAUGUCAACUAAGUCUAAUUACCAGGUUGAUUAUCAAAAUAAUGAAAAGACUGUCUGGACAAGUGUUCUCCACAUCAGAAAAGUUCAUUCUUCGACGUUUGGAAAUUAUACUUGUCGAGCAGAGAAUUACUUGGGGCAUUCAAACAUAACAGUGGAGCUUGUGCGAGCUCGUGUUCCGAAAAUGCCAAGAAAGAUUUCUGCCUCUAAUAUCACUCAUAAUUCAGUUAUGUUCUCCUGGGAACCAGGUUUGGACGGAGGUCUUCCACAGACUUUCAACAUUAAGUGGAGAGAAACUGGACAGACAAAACAUUAUAGAUCUGAAAACACAACCUUUUCGAAAUACCUUAUCCGAGAUUUACGUCCGGAGACGGAUUAUGAGAUCUUUAUCUUGGCUUUUAAUGACGCAGGAAUAAGUGACAGCAACGAGGGAGGACUGAAAGUGCAUACAAAGCCCGCGCCAACAAUGGAUUCUACAAAGGCUGUAACUAAUGGAGUCGAAAGCAAGAAAGCUCAAAUUUCAAGGGUUGUUUGGAUGGCCUGUGCUGUUUGUGGUGCUAUGGUUUUUGUUUUGAUAGCUUUAAUCGUCAUGUGCUGCAUUCGGCGACACCAACGUAUGAGAAGGUGCGCUGAAGUUGCUUUACAGCUCCAGCGUAUAAGCCAAAACGAGGAACACUUGAAGCCAUUGGAUAACACCGACGGCCAUCCCUUCUUUCUGUCAGGAAGAACAACGGAGAGAAUCGUGGAAGAGCAUGGAAAUACAGAUAACAUUCAGCUUGCAGAAUACGGAAUGUCAUGGAGCAAUGAUUCAAAAAGUGAAGAAAAUCAGAAUCCACGUACUUCCCAUCUAGAAGAGUGGGGCGAUGAACAAAUACGGAAAUUGGGAAGUUGCGAAAGUUUGGAAGAAGAUGACCACUGUCCAGAUAUUCUAAAGCAGUAUUCACGCGUUUGCAAGGAUUUAACAGAAAAUGUGUUAUUCCUGGCUGAAAAAGAGUCCACAAAAGAUUCGUGCUUUACAAGUAGCUCAGAAGAAGUGUCGAAGAGCUUGCUACAUGAUUUUCAAGUGCGAAACGCUAAAGGAGGUACAGAAACGAUCCCAAAAUAUACAGAAAUAGGGGGAUUUCCAGACCACCAGUCUUGUGCAUACGAACCUCUUUUAACCUCCCACAUUAAAGACACUCAGGGCAUAAGAAGCUGAGAAUAAACUCCCCUCAAUUCUGUGGUCCUUAAAUUGAAAAACACUAUCAAAUGAUAUUGUCUCUUAGCGUUCUACAAAAGAUACACCAGCGUUCUCCAGCAGUUUUGAAGUCCACAACCUGUAAAGAGAGAACCAUGUACUCAAGGAUAGUGUAUGGUAAACCUAUCAAAAACUUCCGAUCGGUCCAACAGUCAUAAGCUAGCGUGACUUGGUUUAUGUACGCCAGAUAAGAUGAUGUCUGAAAGCCAAAAAUCUGAAUUUUUGUUCAAGCAGACUGGAUACUGAGAUCACGUGAUAAGUACAACACGAACGUACCCAAGAUAAGGAUCGUAGAAGGUCUUACUAUCCCCAAUAAUCAGAGUCAUCUGGCAUGAAUUUUAAUUUUAAUU